AUGGCGGGUUGGCAGCGCGAUGGCGCGACCCGCGAUGAGCCACUCGUCGACUUUGUACUGAAGUUUGAAGCGAUUCCGAAGGAGUAUGCGAAUGGAAAGAAGCGUGUGCCGGAGCCGCUGGCGCGGGAGCGCGCAGAGGAGUACACGCGCCUCGAGCGCACUCUGCAGGAGCAGGGGCUGAAUGUCACCUCGCGUGUCGGCCCUGCGAACAGCGGCCAUGUCUUGCUAUUUGUGCAUGCGCCGGACCAACUACUUACCGAGAUGCGGAGCAAGGAACGUGUGCACGACUUUUUGUGCGGCGUGGUUGCCGUACCGAACCUGACGCAGACUCCGUCCGGGGAUGCGUUCGGCGCUGUGCGCACGAGUGAGGGCCAGGUAAUCUCCCCGGCGGACCGCGUGCGCUACGUGCACCACCUCCUCACCGCCGCGCCGGGCGACGAGGAGAGCAGCCGCACCGGCUCGGUCGGCGGCGCGGGUCUGAGCGCACCGUGCAGCGCCUUUCCCCAUUUGGUCGACAUGAUGCCGCUGCACGACCGUGACUUUAAUGCGGCGUGGAUCAAAGCAUGGUCCAACGUGUCGUUCCGCUCGAUCAUGAUGGGCAUUAGCGAAGACGAAAUCGAAAGCCUCCGCUUCCACUUUGGCGAGAAGAUCGCGCUGUACUUUGCGUUCUUGAACACCUACUUUACGUCACUUGCCCCUGCUGCGGUGCUCGGCCUGAUGUUUUGGCUGACGGGCGAGGCGUACAACCCCGUUUAUGCUGUGAUGCUGAUUCUGUGGGCGUGUGCAUUUGUCGAGGUAUGGCGCCUGCGUGAGCGCAAGCUUGCUGUGCGCUGGGGCACGACCAACCUCGGCAAUACGCUCGAGCGGCGUGCGGCGUUCCGGCCGCGCACUGUGACGCGCGACCCCAUUACAGGCGAGAAGCUCGAGGUGUACGAGUGGUGGCGGCGCGAGCUUCGCGUGAUUGCGAGCCUCCCCGUGGUACUGCUCUUUGUCGUGCUUCUCAUUGCCACACUCACGGCGAUCUUUUUCAUCGAGGUCAUUGUCGCCGAAGUGUACGACGGCCCCGGCAAGGGCAUUGUGCCGCUUAUUCCCACGAUCCUCUUCUCGACGUGUGUGCCGGCGAUCCAAGGCGCAUGGCAAGCGACUGCGCGUGCGCUCACCGGCUGGGAGAACCACUCGACGAACCGCUCGUACAACUCGAGCCUCACGAUCAAGAUCUUUGGCCUGCAGUCGCUCGUGACCUAUGGUGGUCUUGUGCUCACCGCAUUUGUCUACAUUCCCUUUGGCGAGCGCCUGAUUCACUGGAUGUUUGACCACGGCUACCUCACGCGCAUCUUUCAGUUUGUCUCGCGCCAGCCGAAUUUCCAGAUGCCCUCCAAGCUGCACUUUGAGGUGCAUCCCGUCCGCCUCUACAACCAGCUCUUUGCGCUGUGUGUUACGGGCCAGGUGACCAACACCGUGACCGAGGUCCUCGUGCCGAUCGCCCUGCGUUCCGUGACGCAGUGGAGCGACGCCGCGGCGCGGUCCUGGGCGUGCUUCCGCCGCAAGGACACCAAGGAACGCCACCGCGUGUCCUUUGCGAGCGACCGCGUGGAGCGCUCGUUCCUCGAGCGCGUGCACGCCGAGUUUGCGCUGCCGACCUACGACGUGUUUGUCGACUAUGCCGAGAUGGCGACGCAGCUCGGCAACAUCACGCUCUGGUCUGCGAUCUGGCCGCUGGCGCCGGUCAUGGGCUAUGUGAACAACUUCUUUGAGCUGCGCUCGGAUGCAUACAAGAUCAUUGUAAAUAUGCGCCGCCCCGUGCCCGUGCGCACCGACACGAUCGGGACGUGGGUCGAGGUCUUUUCGUUCCUGGUGCGCGUUGCCGUCUUUGUCAACGCUUCGCUCGUGUACCUCUUUGAGGACCGCCACGAGCGCAGCGGCAUUUCGAACGCAGUGCACACGACAAUGCGCAGCUACCUGCAUCCCCACCUGCCCCAGCAGCCAGACGCGUGCAAAACCGAGACGCAAGUCGCGAGCCUCUUGCCGCACUUUUUGCCCAAGUCGUCUGCCGCCGGCGCGCUUGCAGCCUCGUUUUUGUUUGCUUUGGUCUGCGAGCAGCUCUAUGGAAUCCUGCGCGCCGCCGUCCAGCACAUCCUCGAGCGCGUCAUGUGGCGCGACAGCGAGGAGGAGCGCGCGGUGCGCCGCAUGCAGCACGAGAACCGCGUCUCGCUCGUCGGUCGCCUCGAGCGCACAGAAGGCGCCCAGGAUGGCCUGCACCAGGUGCCGGCCACGCUGCGCGCGCGCAUCCACCCGGACAUGAGCUUCUGGGACGCGUCCCACGACUCGGGCCUCUCGUACAUUGCCAGCGCCGCCAAGGCGGAAUAA